UCCGGGCUGGCAGCACUGGCCCGGCGAUGCUUAGAUUUACAAUUUUACUCAAUUUUAUAUCCGUUUUGUGACAGAGCGGCGGCUGUGCUUUAUAAGCAAACACACACAGUUAACAGGUGAUAUCAGUAUAAUGUCAGAGCUGUGGUCACAAGGAUAAAAAAGACUUGAUCCAAUCCCGUAGCGGCUCAGACGUUGCGGUUGAGAAAAGAGGUCUGGUUGUUUUGCUGCACCAAAGAAGCACCGCCUGUUACCUUCAGCCAGAGCAGUGACCAGCGCAGCGUACCAUUGCUUGUCUGGCUCGAUUCAUCUCCAGCUCUGACUUCAUCCUCAAAGAUGAAGUUGAAGGAGGAUUUGAACCCCCUGCUGCUGCAGGUGUUCCGCUCGGUGGUCUGGGUCUACUCCGUCAUCACCUUCAUACCCUGGUACUUUUUCUCCGGAGCUGGCACCAACUUGGAACGGGCUCGUCGGAUCAAGGCGCGCUCAGUUAGCGGACACCCAGCCGGGCCGUACAGGGCCAUCAACAGUCAAGAGAAGCUGGUGGCAUGGCUGCACCCUGGGGUGGACACCCUGGACAAAAUGUUUGAAUUUGCUGCCAGUCGGUUUCCGCAGAGAGACUGUCUGGGCACCAGGGAGGUGCUCAGUGAGGAGGACGAGAUCCAGCCUAAUGGCAAGGUCUUCAAAAAGGUUAUUCUAGGGAACUAUAACUGGUUGUCAUACGAGGAAGCGUAUGAGGCAGCAAAGUGUUUUGGCAGUGGUCUGGCAGCACUCGGCCAGAGGCCCCAGUGUAACAUCGCCAUCUUCUGUGAGACCAGAGCGGAGUGGAUCGUGGCGGCACAAGCCUGCUUCAUGUACAAUUUCCCACUUGUGACCCUGUACGCCACUCUCGGACCCACGGCCAUCGCCCACGGCCUGAAUGAGACCGGCAUCACGCACAUCAUCACGAGCAAUAACCUGCUGCAGAGCCGUCUCAAGGCCAUACUGUGCGAUGUGCCGAGGCUGCAGUACAUCAUUGUAGUUGACUGUAAACCCACAAGCUGGCCAAACAUCCCCAGAGGCAUCAUGGUGUACAACAUGGACGCUGUGAAGGAGAUGGGAUCCAAGCCUGAAAACAUCGCAGUAGACCGCAGACAGCCAGAGCCCUUGGACAUCGCGGUCAUCAUGUACACCAGCGGCUCCACAGGCAUCCCCAAGGGUGUCAUGAUCUCCCAUGGCAACAUCAUUGCUGGCAUCACUGGCAUGGCUGAGCGAAUCCCUAACCUCAAUGAAACAGACACCUAUAUUGGGUACCUGCCGCUGGCACACGUUUUAGAGCUCAGUGCUGAACUGGUGUGCAUCUCUCACGGCUGUCGCAUCGGCUACUCCUCCCCUCAGACUCUAGCCGACCAGUCUACCAAGAUAAAGAAGGGCAGUAAAGGGGACACCAGUGUGCUGAAACCUACCCUCAUGGCUGCUGUACCAGAGAUCAUGGAUCGAAUCUAUAAGAAUGUGAUGACCAAAGUGGAGGAGAUGAGCAAAAUCCAGAAGACGUUCUUUGUGCUGGCCUACAACUACAAGAUGGAGCAGAUCUCCAGAGGCUACAGCACGCCUCUCUGUGACAGUCUGGUGUUCAAACGGGUGCGUGCGCUCUUGGGAGGGAACACACGGGUGCUGCUUUCUGGCGGAGCUCCACUCUCAGCUGCCACACAGCGCUUCAUGAACAUCUGCCUGUGCUGCCCCGUGGGGCAGGGCUACGGCCUGACGGAGACCUGUGGAGCUGGCACCAUCAGCGAGAUUUGGGACUACAGCACAGGACGGGUUGGUGCUCCACUGGUCUGCUCAGAGAUCACACUGAAGGACUGGGAGGAGGGAGGUUACUACAGCACAGACAAGCCCAACCCCCGUGGGGAGAUUUUGAUCGGCGGCCCCAAUGUAACGAUGGGUUACUACAAAAACGAAGCAAAGAACCGUGAGGACUUCUUUGUGGAUGACAGCGGCCAGCGAUGGUUCUGCACCGGAGACAUUGGAGAGUUCGAACCUGACGGAUGCCUUAAGAUCAUCGACCGUAAGAAGGACCUGGUGAAACUGCAGGCGGGCGAGUAUGUCUCUCUAGGAAAGGUGGAGGCUAUUUUGAAGAACUGCCCACUCAUAGACAACAUCUGUGCCUAUGCCAACAGUGACCAAUCGUAUGUGAUCAGCUUCGUGGUGCCGAACCACAAGCAGUUAAUGGCGCUGGCGGAGCAGCUGCAGGUGACAGGCACAUGGGAGGAGAUGUGCAACAACCCCCUGUUGGAGAAAGAGGUCCUCCGCAUCCUUACUGAGGCUGCUCUCUCAGCGAAAAUGGAACGAUUCGAGAUCCCCAAGAAGAUCCGUCUGAGUGCCGAGCCGUGGACACCAGAGACCGGGUUGGUCACUGAUGCAUUCAAGCUAAAACGCAAGGAGCUCAAAUCACACUACCAGGAAGACAUUGAGAGGAUGUACGGUGGAAAAUAACCCACACAAACACAAUCCAAACAACAAGUACAUACUUGCACACAUACACAAGGAGCUCAGAAGCCACUACGAGGAGUACUCGGAGUUAUAUACUUAAGAUACAGUUACCAAACACACACAUACACGCAUAUAAUUACAGGAACAUAAAGCGACUCAUGCACCUCCUCCUCGGCUUUGAUCAAAAGAGGAAAGAACUCUUGAAUCCAGCGUAUUGCUCUCUGUCGAGACCAGAAAGGCAGAAGUCCCUCACAGACAACUGAGCCAGCCGGAUGUGCAAGGUGCGACACACUCCCCAUACCCCUUUGAUGGAUUCAGCCCUUUGAGUUGCUAUGACAACCGAGGCAGCACAUGAAAUAGGACGUCCGCAUGACUCGAAGUGAAACAAAUGUCAGGCUAGACGUGGAUCAAUGUCAGCGCUCCGUGUUCGUUGCUUCCGCCCCCCCCCCCCCCCCCCCCCCCCCCCCCCCCCCCCCNCCCCCCCCCCCCCCCCCCCCCCAGUUCAGCAUGGUCGUGGACUUGAAGUGCAGAUACCUGGCAGAGAGACGGGGCAGCAUGAGCAUGAUAGAGGGAUCCCUCCCGGGCUUUAAGUAACAUUCAGGUUGGAAUCUAUGCAGGGAUCUCUAUCUUUUCAUGAUUAUUUUUUUACAUGUCGCUGUGUUUCCUUCAUGUUCGGUUUGUCAGCUUUGAAACCCAUUUCAUGAGCUUUUUUUUACGUGUGUGUGUGAGGAGUCGGUGUUGCAAAGCCAUGAGAGAUUGAGCAUUAAGAUGUUUUCAUACUUUUUCUUAUUGUUAUUUUAUGGGUGUAAUAUUCUGAGGGUUUGUAUUUCUUUAUCGUCCUGUUUUUUAUUGCCAAUUUGUUUACGCUAAUUGUAUUUUAACGAGCUGUGUUUACGAGCUUUUUUUUUUUGGUCUUUUUCUCCCGUGUUCUAAAGUUAGUACACUUGAGUGUGUGUUUGUUUACUGACGUGACCAGUAGAAGCAAUGCAGUUCCUUCUGCUCUCAGCCUUUGCAGCAGGAUCAAACAUCAACACAGAAGGCAUCCACAGGGACUUUAUCCACUCCUGCUCUUUGCCCCCAGCUUUAUCUUUCCCAUCUCUUUGCAGCCCCUGGAUGCCUCCCAACCUAUAUCCUAUUAUUUUUAUUUUAUUAUUUUUUUAUUGGUUCAUUGCAUAGAAAUAGAAUGAGAGUUAAAGGGACAUUUAAAUCAACGUGGCAGGAUGAUCAGAGCCAUGGUCAUUGCAAUCACGUUAGUGGGCUAACUAAUUUAAUGACAAAUUAACUUAGGGCAAGUCGCAAACCUAAGCCCCGUUUCCACCAAACAUUUUCAUUAUAGCACCUUUGGAACCAAAAAUAACCCUUCAGACAUGGUACCUAGACCCUAGCGUUUCCACCAAAUGUGGGCAGGGAUGUUGUCACUCACGGCUCCGUCCAGCACUCACUGUAUUUCCUCCUUUAUCAGUCUGCACCUUGUUUAUCGUCCACAGAAUGAGGCUGCACGCCGACAUUUUCAGAACAAAACAAAACAGGCUGCAGUGAGAGUCUCUCUCCAUGGGAUGCAUUUAGUCCUUCUCAGGCAAGCGCAGGGGUUUAGUGUUGCUGUAGCAAACAGGAACAACACUUUGCCAUGCUUUUUUUUUUUCUUGGAGAGAGGAUUGGGAUAUCUGCAGUUCACAUAAUCAGUCAAAAUGUAUAUGUAUUUUUAAACACUUGAAG